AUGACUCAAGAAGAUUUAUGGCACCAAGGAAAACUUAAACAGAGAAAUAACGCUUCUCAAGAUCAAGAAUCGAUACAAAAAGGACCCUUUUCUUCUGAUGAUAAUGAUGACAUUAAGGAAUCUGCAGAUGACAUUUUAGUCCCAUGGGAUGAUACAAUAUGGCAAUUUCCAAAUCAAAAUAUACUCAAAACAAUGGUUUGUUGCCCUAAUACCGGAAAUUAUAAAGGAGCAUCACAUCAAGGAUGUAAGCAAAAAAACGAAAUAAUUGGUCCAAAAUGGUAUCAACAGCCUAGUAUUCCAGAUAAUGGAAUAUUCAAAGAAACAUACAAAUGUAUGUAUUGUAAUAGUCAAAUGUUAGAUCAAGGAUUAUUAAAAGUUCGGGACCAUUGCCAUAUUAAUGGAAAAUAUAGAGGCCCAGCUCAUAGCAAUUGCAAUAAAAAACUACAAAUGGGCGCUUUCAAAACCAAAGUACCACUUAUCUGUCAUAAUUUCCGAGGCUACGAUUCUCACUUGCUUAUAGAAGUUGCCGGCAGAUUUACUUCCAAUAAGCUUAAAUGCAUUCCGGAAAACAUAGGCAAAUAUAAGGCUAUGGAUGUUGGUCAAUUGCGCUUUUUAGAUAGCUUUCAGCAUAUGUCUAUGGGGCUUGAUAAGCUUGUUGAGUGUAUGAACGGCAAUCUAGAAAAGUUCCCCCUAACUAAAAAGCAUUUUGCCGAUAAAGGCUACUCAUUAGAGCAAAUCAAAUUUCUAUUUCGAAAAGGGGUUUUUCCAUAUGACUGGACCAAUUCUUGGGAUAAAUUCAAAAAAACGGCUUUACCGCGCAGAAAAGAUUUCUAUUCUCUACUUAACCAGCAAAACAUUAAUGAUGGCUUAGACCCAUCCCAUUACGUUUUGGCUCCUGGUAUGUUUAAUGAUUCUUUAUACAAAAGUAGCGGAGCCGAAAUAAAACUUCUGACAGACCUAGAUCAAUAUAUGUUAGUAGAGAGAGCCAUUCGUGGGGGCAUGUCUAUGGUUAGUCAACGUUAUGCCAAAGCUAAUAACCCGCAAUGUCCUGAUUAUGAUGAAAGCAAGCCGAAUUCAUGGGUUAUGUAUGAGGAUAUGAAUGCAUUAUAUUCUGGCGCCAUGAUACAAUAUUUACCAACAGAAAUUUUAGGUAAGGUAGCCCCUGAGGAAAUUCCUAAUAUUUUAGAAAUUCCGAUUGAUGCUGAAGAGGGCUAUUUACUUGAAGUUGAUAUGGAAGUUCCGUUAAACUUGCACGAUUUAUUCAAUGAUUACCCAUUAGCACCUGAAAAAGGCGUUGUACCUAAAAACUGGCUUAGCCCAUAUAAUGAAGACUUGGUAAAUGAUUCGGAAAUUGGCGGAGGAAAAUAUGUAUUAGGAGAAAAGCUACUUCAGACGCUCCUGCCUAAGAAAAAUUAUGUGGUUCAUUACAGAGCCCUUCAACUUUAUAUAAAUCUUGGAAUAAAGGUUACAAAAAUUCAUGAAGCUCUAAAAUUCCAUCAAUCCAGCGCUUAUUGUCAUAAGGAUUCAGCCCUAUUUUGUUAA